AGGAGUUCGGUUGAGAUGUUUACAUCUACGUGUAAGAAGGAGAGACCGCCGAAUCACAAAGUGGAAAUCUGAUGCAAACCGUGUACAGUAGUGUAUAUAACAAGGUUUUUCAGUUAGUAUAAUAUAUUUUUGAGGUGAUCGCUUUUCUGAAACUACUAAGGUAAUAACAAUGUAAACGAAACGACACUAAAAAUGUGUCUUGCCAGCCUCGGAUCUUGUCUGUUCAUCAGUCCAUUGUCAAGCUGAUCAUGGUCAAUGGAGAAAGACACCGAACACUACAAUGAUGCCAUUGAUAAAGGGAUUGAGAGUCCUGAACCUUCUCAGCGUGUCCUUAUUUCUUAUCUGCUGCUACCACAUGUUGGCCAACACACAGAAAGUGCCACCUGGUGGAGACAACAUUCGCAAUGGGGGAGCUCUCACGCUUGUACCCCAGGACCCGACUGACGAUGCUGACGUUACAGUGGAGAAUAGCGAGGAAAUAGAUGAGGAUGUACCCAGUAUGGGUGUGUUCUAUCCAACAAAGGAAUGGAAAACUGUCAAGAAAGGUCAGGCUAUUCCAGCAGGUCUUCAUGUACGUAUGAAUCUAGAGACUGGUGGCCGGGAGGCGAAGCUGAUGGAAGGCGACAGUGAGAACAAGUACCGGAAGUCGGGUAACAAGGGAGGUAGGGUGAAUCCAAGCCAAAAGUCCUUAACUCCACAACAGCUGAAAGAGGCAUUGAAAGAAUUUAAGACAACAAAGCUUGAUGACCAGGAUAAUGAAGUGAGAAAGAAGGAAGUAUUUAAGUCGUUUCGGAAGUAUGACGAGCUGAAGAAAGAGCUUGCAGAUAUGAAUUCAGAGAUAAAGACAGAUGCCGAGAUAGUAACACAGAUGUUCCACAGACUGAAUUCUACAGACCUGGAUGGUACACAGAAAAAACAUCUGUUAGAAGAUCUAGAGUAUUAUCUACAUCAGAUUGACAAUGCCAAUGUAUUCUGUAACCUUGGUGGAAUGACACUGCUGAUGAAGGGACUAAAUGAUAGUUUGGCCCUCACCAGGGAGCAGUCAGCCUUUGUAAUAGGCUCAGCAGUACAGAGUAAUCCUGCGGCACAGAUCAAGGCUUUAGAGGCAGGGAUCUUACCACAGCUGAUCCGUCUGUUGUCGACAGAGCCAGAAGCUAGGGUUCUACCUCGCCUUCUUUAUGCUCUGUCCUCACUAAUCCGACACUUCCCCUACGCUCAGAAACACCUCCUUGAUCUUGGGGGCCUUGCAGCACUAAAGAGCAUGAUCCCUAACAACAAGGAUCUCCCCAAUCUGCAGGUGAAGGUCGUCACUCUGCUUCAAGAUCUUAUUGUAGAAAAGGAUAUUACAUUGUCAAUAGAGAACAAAAAUAAAGAAAAAGUGCAACAAUAUGAAAUGGUCCACCUCCGUGAUGCAAUAAGAGAGCAGGGCCUGUGUGUAUGGUUACCUCGCCUACUGGAGGCCACUGACCACGAUAGUCGGGAAAAGGUUCUCCAAGCCAUGCUGACCCUGACAGAUACCUGUCGGGAAGAUAUCUCGUUAGCUUUACCUACCCUAAAGAAACUCCUCCAGGAGUACACGCAUCUAGCAGCAGGAGAGACCGAUCAAGAUGACCAGUAUUUCUCAGGAAUUGUACAAUACAUUACCCAAAUUAUAUCCUCAUCACAAAGGGAUUCCAAAGAUGAACUUUAAUAUAUUUCAUCUUUAUAAAACAAUUCACAUUGCAUUGCUGAUUGACUUUUCAUAUCAUUUUUCAUAGUUUUAUUUUUGUCCAGGUGGAGAAUGAGAUUUAUUUAUUAAAUUUACUUU